AUGAAGCUCUCCAUUAUCUUCACUAUCAUCGCGACUUCAUUCGGCGCAAUGGCCAUUCCAAUCGCUCACGAAGAGAUCGAAGCUGCACAAAAGGCAGGAAGCGCUCCUCAUCGAGUGGAUUCAGCGAACAGAGUCGACACCGUGCUUAUCGGUAAUGGAUAUUGA